AUGCCUGUGGGUGGGUGGAGUCAGCUGGCUGUGUGUAGUGGUAGCUAGCUGUGCGCGGUUGCAGUGUAUAUACUAGCUUUUACCUUUAGCUGCGAGUAACUGAGUCGGCGAGUUAACCUGAGAGUUAACCCGGGAGAUAAGCAGUCUUAUGAGGCUUUUGGGCUUGAGAUUAAGGUCUUUGCGUUGCUGACAGAAUGGAGAAACAGCUGCAUUUGAAUCUGUUAGCCUCCAGACCCCCGAUCGCUGGAGGUUUGCAGUCUGGUGCUAAAAUGAGAAUGGGUCCUGGAAGAAAGCGAGACUUCUCUCCCCUGCCGUGGAGUCAGUAUUUUGAAACCAUGGAAGAUGUGGAAGUGGAAAAUGACAACGGCAAAGACACCUUCAGAAUCUACAGCAGUGGAUCUCACGGCCCUGUGCUGCUUCUGCUCCAUGGAGGCGGCCACUCUGCCCUUUCCUGGGCCGUGUUCACUGGAGUGAUAUGUAGCAGGAUUAACUGCAGAGUUGUAGCUAUGGAUCUCAGGGCACAUGGAGACACAAAAGUGAAAAACUCAGAAGACUUGUCCGCUGAGACUAUGGCCAAGGAUAUAGGGAAGGUUGUGGAAGCUCUCUAUGGUGAAAACCCACCUCCAAUCUUGAUGAUUGGGCACAGCAUGGGUGGAGCAAUAGCAGUUCACACUGCUGCAGCCUAUCACGUUCCAUCGUUGCUCGGACUUUGUGUGAUUGAUGUGGUGGAAGGUACAGCAAUGGAUGCCUUGAACAGUAUGCAGAAUUUUUUGCGGAGUCGACCAAAAACUUUCAAAUCAGUGGAAAACGCUAUUGAGUGGAGUGUGAAAAGUGGACAGAUCAGGAAUAUCGAGUCUGCACGUGUGUCUAUGGCUGGACAAGUGAAAAAAUGUGAGGAGCCACUGAAUAGUCCAGGCAUUUCAAAGAGCAUCAGUGAAGGGAUAAUUGAGGAAGAAGAGGAGGAUGAGGAAGGAGGCGAGUCCAACCAUAAAAGGAAGAAAGAAGAUGACCAAGAGGUGAAGAAAGAGAGUCUGUACACUUGGCGUAUUGAGCUCUCAAAGACAGAGAAGUACUGGGAGGGUUGGUUCAGAGGCCUGUCCUCUCUCUUCCUUAGCUGCUCUGUGCCAAAGCUACUGCUUCUGGCUGGUAUUGACAGACUGGAUAAAGACCUUACCAUAGGGCAAAUGCAGGGAAAGUUCCAGAUGCAAGUUCUCCCACAGUGUGGCCAUGCUGUUCAUGAGGAUGCACCUGAAAAAGUAGCUGAUGCUUUAGCCACCUUCAUGGUUCGGCAUAAGUUCACUGAAUAUAAAGAAAGCUUUCCCUGACAAUGUACAGACUACUAGCUUCAUAUAUAUAUAGCAGCCUGGUGCAGUAGGACUAAUGGAAACCACCCUCUUCAUCUGUCUUAAUCUUCACUGGGAAUUGCUAUAACUAUCAUGGACAACAUGUCAUUGUCUCUGCUGCAAGCUUUCCAUAGCACUUCAUUCUUAAAUUAAUCUUUCUUUUUGUAUGGAUUUAGGUAUGAUCGCUAUUGUUAUGAUUGUCAUAACUUUUUAAGCAGGAUAUGUAGAUCUGAUGCCACCCAUGACCUUUGCCUCUGAUGUUUCUGAAAUGAUCAGGUAUAUUAUUUAUUGUUCUUUUUUGUUUCUCUAUCUCUGUCAAAUCAAAAUUGUUUUCUCCUCUAAUGCCUUGCUUGUUUGUUGUAUUUAGGGUGACUGCAUCAUAUUGUGUUCAAUGUGUUGCUCAUUGUCAAUUUUCAGAUGGAAAAUAAAGAAGAUAUUUGAAUAAUUGGAA